CAGCUUUUUAGUGCAACUGCGAUCUUUCAAGGAUUUAGAUGUUGAUGAUCACGUAAAAGAAUUUGCAGCAAAAUUAUUCUUAAUACCCAGCCCGCCACCAGGACCACUGCACCUGGUAUUUAAUAUGAAACCACUUCAAAUAAUUAUUCCUUCACGAGAGGAUCCGGACAGUCCAGUUAUUGACUUGGAUCUUCAUCUUCCAUUGCUGUGCUUCAAGCCAGAGCAGGUGCUGCAGAUUAUUACCUGUAUUUUGACUGAGCGGAAAAUGGUGUUCUUCUCUUCUGACUGGGCCCUGCUGACACUUGUGGCUGAGUGCUUUAUGUUAUACCUUCAUCCCCUUCAGUGGCAACACACCUUUGUGCCUCUUCUGUCUCGUCAUAUGCUGGAUUUUGUAAUGGCUCCAACAUCUUUUCUUAUGGGAUGUCAUGCUGAUCAUUUUGAAGUAGUUAGCACAGAAGCUGAAGAUUUAAUUCUAAUUAAUAUCGAUGAUGGGAAUAUUUCAUAUUCAAAAAUGGUUGAAGAGGAGCCUGAAAUUCCAGAUGUUCCAGCACAAGCAGCAGAAACUUUCAAAAAAAGAGCGGAGAGUCUUCAACUGCAUUACGAUUUAGAGCUGUGUCAUCUCCGUGCCACCACAGAUCUUGGUGAACUGCAGAUGCGCAGAAGGGCUUGGCAGCAGAAACUGAACACAGAAGUUCAGCAAAUGACUUUGCAGUUAAUUGUUAAUAUCUUCAGGGAGGUAAAAGACCACCUAAAUUAUGAACACAGAGUGUUUAACAGCGAAGAAUUUCUGAAAACAAGGGCAAUAGGAGACCAGCCAUUUUAUGGAAAAGUUUUAGAGACCUACAUGUUUCACUCUUUCCUUAAAGCUCGUUUGAAUAGAAAGAUGGAUGCUUUUGCUCGACUUGAAUUGAGCACCCAGUCUGAAGAGGAUAGAUUCAACUUGAUGUUUCGUACUCCGAGAAGACUUACUAUGGAGAAAAUGGCUUCUAAAAGAUUUAAUUCACAGAACAUCAUUAACAGACGUAUGGUAAUCAGUAUGCCUAAUCUGCAAGAUAUCAAACUACCAGAGAGUCCUACUAGAAAAUCCUCACUUCGAAGAAUAGAGACAGGCAUUGCUGUGAAAAAGCCCUCCAAAUCAGUUAGUACAUUCAAAAUCCCAGAAAUUCACUUUCCUCUGAUGAGCCACUGUGUUCACUCCUACUAUACAGAAUUCUUCAACCAUCUCAGCAAAGCUAUAAAUACCUUACCACCUGAUGACUCAGCAUUGCUGGCAAGGUACUUCUACCUCCGAGGACUUAUUAGUUUGAUGCAAGGGAAACUACUAAAUGCACUUUCUGACUUUCAGAACCUAGAUAAAACAGACUUAAGAAUUUUCCCUACUGAACUUGUAAGAAAAAUUGUGGAAACCUUGCCUCCUUCUGAGCGUUUUCAAGCUGAACGCAAGCCUGAGCUGAAGAGGCUGAUAAGCCUAGUGAUGGAACAACAAAGGGAAGUGACAAAAAUAGAUGACCAUGUAAAGCACUUUGAAUUGCCAAAAACACACAUGCAACUGGAUGACUUUGUGAAGCGAAUCCAGGAGUCUGGGAUUGUCAGAGACACAGACACUAUACAUCGGUUGUUUGAUGCCUUAACUGUAGGGCAGCAGAAACAAAUUGAUCCUGAAACAUUCCGAGAUUUCUACAACUACUGGAAAGAAACUGAAGCAGAAGCUCAAGAGGUGAAUCUGCCACCAGCAGUAAUAGAACAUCUGGAUAAAAAUGAAUGUGUCUACAAGCUAUCCUGCUCAGUUAAAACUAACUAUGGUGUAGGAAAAAUAGCACUGACCCAAAAGCGCUUAUUCCUUUUGACUGAAGGAGGACGUCCUGGCUAUGUCCAUAUUGCUGCUUUCAGGGAUAUAGAGGAUGUUAAGAACACAACUGUAGCUUUCCUUCUUUUGAGAAUACCUACUCUGAGGAUUGAAACGAUAUAUAAAAAACAAGUAUUUGAAGCUAACCUGAAAACUGAGUGUGAUCUCUGGUACCUGAUAGUGAAAGAAAUGUGGGCUGGAAAGAAAAUGGCAGAUGAUCACAAGGAUCCUCAGUAUAUUCAGCAAGCACUGACAAAUGUUCUUCUGAUGGAUGCUGUCGUUGGUGCACUGCAGUCCUCCAAAGCCAUAUAUGCAGCCUCUAAACUGUCUUAUUUUGACAGGAUGAAGAAUGAAGUGCCUAUGAUGAUCCCCAAAACAACCUCAGAGACAUUAAAGCACAAGAUCAACCCAUCAGCUGGUGAGACAUUUCCACAGGCAAUAGAUGUCUUGCUUUAUACUCCAGGGCAUCUUGAUAUUUCAGAAAGACCUGACAAUGCUCAUCCAAAACUGUGGUGUGCUUUAAAUGAGGGAAAAGUUGUUGUCUUUGAUGCAUCUACCUGGACUAUUCAACAGCACUGUUUCAGAAUGGGUCGCUGUAAACUGACUUGUAUGGUAAUGGUAGAACAGAGUCAAGUAUGGAUUGGUUCUCAAGACUCCAUUAUUUACAUAAUCAACACUCACAGUAUGUCUUGUAAUAAGCAACUGAAUGAUCACCAUUCUGAUAUUACAGACAUAGUUGUGGAGAAGAAGAAUGGAAUACCCAGUGAAGCAUACUCAAGCAGCUUAGAUGGAACAGUGAUUGCUUGGAACAUCAGCACUCUGAAGGUUAACCGUGCUUUUCAGCUGCCCUGCCAAAACCUAACUUCUAUUAAACUUCAUAAUGACCAACUGUGGUGCUGUACUGGAAGUUGCAUAUUUGUAAUGUCAACUUACGAAUUUCGACUACAAAUGAAGAUUGAGCAUCACCUGAAGGAUGUGUGUUCAUAUUUCCUCUGCUUCCAACUCUUUCCUGAGAGAAAUGAAGUGUGGGCAUCUUACUCAGGGAGUAGUGACCUGUAUAUUUGGAACACCAAAGACUUUGCAAGCACACCUCAAAAAAUUCAUCUUCAGGAUUGCUCUGAGAUUACCUGCAUGAUACAAGUCAAAAAUCAGAUGUGGGUUGGCAGCAAUGGAACAUCACAAGGCAAAAUCAAAGGGAAGAUCUACGUGAUCAGUGCUGAGAAGAAGACUGUGGAGAAAGAAUUGUUUGGUCACGCUGAUACAGUAAAGGCUCUUUGCUCUGCAGAGGACAGAUAUGUCCUCAGUGGUGCUGGAAAGGAAGAAGGGAAAAUUGCCAUUUGGAAAGUUGAAUAGUGAAGCUAUUCAAAAUAUGUCUACCUGUGCUGGAAAAAAGACUUCAGGCCUUGGUUACUCUAGCAUUUUGCUUCUAUUUCAGCCACCUGUCAGUGUUAUUUUUGUAUUUAUUCAGCUAUUUUCAGUAACUACAUUGUUGUUGAAAAUCAGCUUUGAAAUGAUUCUCUCCUUGCACCUUGUACUGCACCUGCACAUUUGAUAAAGAAAUGGAAAUGUGAGUAGAGGGAUCACUGGCUUUAAACUUAACCAUAUUUUAUUGUGAAGGAUCAGAGUUACAGGCCAGGUCUGUUAUGCAGGCUGCAUUAAAUCAGCUGAAGCUGCUGAGGAUAGGCUCAGUAAUUCCACAGGAGCUCUUUCUCAGCAAUGCAUAUAAGAGCUGGAAACGUUCACUGAAAUCAAACGAAGAAACAACAAAUCCCAGAACGAAACCAAAAACAAAACACCCCACUGGAUUUGUUUGAUUCACUGAGUUAAUGUAAAUGCUGAGUAUUUAUCUUUCUGAACUAGCAGCUAGAAUUAGCUGGGAAGACUGCCCAUUAUCACUGUAUGUAUAUAUUUAUGGUGCUGUAUUAUUUAAAAGGUAGAUACAGGCAGACUCUUCUUGAUAGCACUGGAAACUUCCUGCUGCUAAAACAGGAUACUUGGACAGUGUCAGUAACUGUUCUUAAAUUUGUUCUUCUCCUAAAAACAAUGCACAGCACUUGGCAUUUAUGAAACUGACAUUUUUUUCCCCCAUCUGAAAUACUUUAUUUAACUACUAUAUGUAUUACGUUUGCUUUUAGUAACUGUGCAAAGAAUCUCUGCCAGUCCUCCCUUCAGACAACAUUUCUGUAAUCAGAGGAACUGCUGACAUUUAAUACAGAACCUUCAAAGUCAUCAAACUAUGCUUUAACUACUGAAGUGGGCAUCAUCAAAUUGCCUUCUAAAGGGUUCUUUCAAGCAGCAUUUCCUAAUCACUUCUUAAUGUACUUAUGUACUUUUUUUUCCAUUGAUAACAAAAUCAUCUACAAGUAAAACAAUCUUUGCGGAAUAGUUUUACUUGUAUCAGUGCUGAGUAAAGUGGAAUACAAUAUUUAAAUUAUUACAAACAGAAGGAACAAAUGGGCUGCUACUUUUUCAACAAAUGUAAGCUGAAACUGUAGGUCUGAUAGAAAUGUAAACUACUAAAAGUAUACUCCAUCUUAUACUUUAAAUAUUUCAGCGUACUGAUGAAAGGUUUUAUGUGAUGAUAACUGUAAUUUUACCUUUCUAGUACUUUUUCAAUUGAAGAAUAUUAAACACUAUAUUGAUACUCUGGCUUUUCUUCGUUCCUUUUUCCCAUGUAAUGUAGUGCAUAAUACAAGAACUGUGAUUUAUUUAUUUAUUUAUUUUUACAUUGACUUGCAUCACCUCUUUGUGCUAAGAAUAAUUGUCUGUGUUUCUCUCUGCAUAUUCUCCUUUCUAAAAACAGCCUCUGCUGCUCAUGUGUCCUCCUUCUGAGCCCUUCAUCUGUAACUUCCAGACUCCUUAUUUCCUCCCCAGGCAGCUGUCUGGCUGCUGGUGGUAGGUGGAAGUAAUUAUGUUCUGUCUGCAGAGACACACGGGAGCUGAGGUGCUGAGGAGAUGUCAGUUGUUGCAGAGAUGUACCCAGCUACUGCAGCCUGUUUACCAGUGCCUGUCUGAUUCCCGCUGGACUCCUUGGACCUUGCUUUGCUGUCUCAGCUGGUUCCCUGCUUGUGUAAAUGUCAGACGACAAAACUAGAAAAUGCCAAUUUUUAUGCUUGAACUCUUCUAGAAAAUUUAUCAUGUGUUGAUUGAAUAGCAACAUAAUUUAUUGAUUAGAUGGCUCCUUUUCAGAACGCUGCUCUUUAGUACCAUCUGUUGCUAUGGCUGUUGAACACAAGCAUAUAGGAGUGCAAUUUAACCACAGCUGGUAAAUCCAUGUGAAACAGAUCCUUCAACAGUCAUCCCUAAGAGCAGGAGUAGCAGCGAUACAAAUAUGACUGAUUUGGGGGCACAAUGCCAUGUUGUUCUGACUUUCCUCAUGAGACGAGAAAGCUCAGGUAUGUGUUUGCUUACUAUUUCUGCUUUGCUUCAGUGUUACAGACAUGACAGUGAACCUGCAGGAAUAGGGCUUUGGGGUUCAGCUCAGUUUUCAGUCCGCUUGUUCUUUUCCUGUUGUUUGGUAAGGCCCCUUGGUGGUGGGGAGGGAUUCUCAGACCCCAGAUACUCUUUGCCAUGCUGCCUACUAAGAGUCUGGCAAGUUAAGCUGCCAGCGAGCAGCACACACUAAUCCUGCUGAUGGAUGCUGCCUCUUCAUUCACGUUCUCUGUUCAUCUCUCUUGUGAGCUUGCAGUAAGCUGUUUGAGGUGAGAGCACCUUCUAGUUGUGUUCAUGACAUAACACUUCAUGACAUUGGCACUUAGCAAGGACUCCUGCAGAUGCUGACAUUAUAAAUGCUACUGCUUGAAUGCUUGGAUUUUGUAAAACUUCUGCUGAACUUUUCAAAUCAAAGGCAAAUUCUCAGGGCUCAAAACGGACUGCCAAACAGUGGGAAAGUUUUACGUUCUACUGGAGAUUGCUUUCUCCUCAAAAUGAUGUAUAAAUACUUAUAAAUAAUGUAUAGAUAAACCAGAAAAAAGUUGCUGCAUCCUGCCAACCUGUAUUACAACCAGUAUUUUGGUUUUCACUUGUAUGGAGAGAUUUUGGUACUUCUCUAUCUGUCUCCACUCAACACCAAGUAACUGCCUUCCUGAUUGGGGAUUAAGACCUUCCAAGCUUUAGGAAGCCACUUUUGGAACAGAUGCAGCACUCUGAGUUCUCUUGCCCAACUGCUGAGCUGCUGUUGGGACUGGUCAGCUGUAACUUGAAUCCCCCAAGUCUUCCUAUGUUUCUAUUCCUUCCUUUUCUGCUUCUUUGAAGUACUGCUUGCUUCUUGAAAGCCAGCUGCAGUUCAAGGUUUUUGAUUCCUUUCUGCUGUUGAUUUUUCAGGCCGAGGGGUGGCAGUGUUUGCUUCUAGAAAUAAGCCCAGGGACAGGAGCUGCCUGAAAAGUCCGGCUGUUGCGUGCUGGCUGUGAUCUCCCGCGUGGGCUGUGCAGUGAGGAACGAUCCUGCCCUGUUACUGAAAAGGAUGCAGUGAUGUUUCCCAUCUUCCCCUUUCUUUGGCAUGGUAGACCGAGCUGGUACAGGGAUGCUUGGGGAGAGAUGUAUGAACCAAAUGCUGCACAGGCAUUGAUUUCUCUGAGCUGAUGCCACAGGGCCUGACAGAUUGCCUAAGGAGAAGUCACAGACCAAAUCCAUCAAGUAAGUAACUGGAAAUUCAACUAAUAAAACAGAGCUCUUCAUGCUCUAAGUUCAACCAGGCAGCUGGCAUGGGUAAUCUGAUACAGGUGUCCCUUUCACUUUCCCCUCUUUUUACCUGCAGUCUGAGUGGUUAACCAGUUUUGUUGUGAACUGGUUUAUUUGUAACCCACUCGUUACAACUCUUCUAAUUCUCCGAAGCCCUCCACUGCACAGGGUGUCACACCAUGGAAAAGCAAGAGGCUGAUGGGCUGGCAAAGGAGGGGUGAGGCUUGAAGGGAAAACCCUAAACUCCCUGUAGUGCUACUCUCAGCGAUAGCAUUUGCUGUCUGAGCAGAUGACAGCCCCCUCUUCCCUUCACCUGGGAAUGGGUCAGACCAACUAGGGCAAAAACAGAAUCUGUAUUCAGGGAUGUGCACCCCUCCUGGGCUGCAGCAGUUUGCUCUUCUGUCUGGAUUCCCUCCCCUGAUAUACCCAGAUGUUCCAAGUGUCAGCUCCAUCACUAAGUACUUCCACCCAAGCUCCCUACAAACAACACAGGAAUGCAAACCACAAACUCUUACUGAAAUGUUUAUUAAGAUCAAAAUUCAGAACAACGGAUUGGAACACAAUGUCUUGUGGAGUAGAAUAUCUCUAAAUUGAUUUUUGUUUUCUAUGCAUAAAUGAAAAAAAAAAAACACAAACAA